AUGGAAGCAAGUGGCAUCUGUGGAUCUAGAGGUGAGCGAGAGGACGGCAAUGGAGGCGAAGGUGGCGAUGGUGGAUCCACAGGUGGGGUCAAGAGCGGCAAUGGAGGCGGAGGUGGCGGCUGUGGAUCCAGAGGUGGGGGCAGGGGGGGGGCAAUGGAGGCGGAGGUGGUGUGGUGGAUCCAGAUAGGUGAGGGCAGGGGCGGAUUUGGAGGCGGAGGUGGCGGUAGUGGAUCCAGAGGUGAGGUCAAGAGCGGCAAUGGAGGCGGAGGUGGCGGCUGUGGAUCUAGAGGUGGGGACAGGGGCGGCAAUGGAGGCGGGGUGGUGGUGGUGGUGGUGGUGGAUACAGACGUUAGGGCAGGAGUGACAGAGGAGGCGGAAGUGGCUGUGGUGGAUCCAGAGGUGGUGGCAGGUGCGGCAAUGGAGGCGGAUGUGACGGCUGUGGAUCCAGUGAGGGCAGGUGCGGCAAUGGAGGUUGAGGUGGCGGCUGUGGAUCCGGAGGUGGGGGCAGGUGCGGCAAUGGUGGUGGAGGUGUCGGUGGUGGAUCUUGAGGUGAGGGCAUAG